UGGACACAGCAUUAUAAGCUUUCCUUACGUGUAAAGCUUUAAUUUUAGAAAUACAAUCUUGUUUUUGUAUGCAAAAAGGUUUAAAGGAUAUUGUUAUACUUUCUAAGAGAUCAUCUCGACUUACUUUUCAGGCAAAAACAGUACAUGAACUGACGUGAGAAUGGUUUGGGAGAGAGACUUUGAUUGUCCUUACAAUACAAUAUGAUGCUUCUCCUUAAAAUCAUUUGUUUAUGCACACUUGCCAAAAUAAAAGAAAUCGAAAUGAUAACACUGAGUAAUAAGAAACUUACAGUAACAUAUCAUAAUUAUCAACGAAGUUGGAACGAGGCAGCGGCUAUAUGUGACAACAACGGUGGUAGACUGUAUGUUGAAGACUCUGCUGAAAGAACUGUCGUUAUUGAAAAAUACAAUGCAGAUUUUUGGGCUUUCAAUGAAAACCCUUGGAUUGGACUUCACUAUCCGAGCACUAGCAGUAAUGAUGUUUUUGCAUGGACCAGUUGCUUUUGGGUGGACUAUGAAAAUUACAAAAAUGCAGCCGAACCUAAAGAUACAAGUGACAAGAAAUGUGGUCAAACUAACAAGAAUGGUAUCGGCUGGGAGUCACAUGACUGCAGCCAUGAUCACAAAUUUGUAUGUGAAAAACAGAGUGCAGCCGAUUGUACAUUUACAGACAGAACUGGAAUCCCAACUACAUCGAAUAAGUUUUCAUCGAGUACAAUAACAACAGCUGAUCAUAAUGGAUGUAAAUCAAAAUGUCUCAUGAGAAUUGCGAACAAUCUCAAUUGUUGGGGUCUCAAUUUUUUGUCAGCAUCAAGCAUGGAUAAUUGUGUCUUAUAUUUUGCUGAAAAUCCGUUUUAUUUCACAGAAUCUGCAACAUAUGACGGAAGUAGUACCAGCAUGUCAAUUAAGAAUUGCUAUACGGAUGCCGAAGACACGACUGACAAUACACCAGUCACAGAUGACAAUAGUAAAACACCAGCUGCUGUAUGUGAUUUAUACACUGACCAAACAACCACAACCACCACCACCACCACCACCACAACUACAACAACAACUGCUGCGCCAACAACUUCAACCACUACCACCACAUCAACAACGACUGCUGCUCCAACAACUACAACAACGUCUGCUGCUUCAACAUCAACGACUGCUGCUACAACAUCAUCUGCUGCUCCGAUAACCACAACAUCAGAGUGUACCUGCGGUUGUUCGGAUCUACCAAAUUUUAUUUCUAGUGAGCAGUCUAUACCAGAAUGGUCGAAUAUGACUACAGAAGAAAAGGUAGAAUAUUUUGUCGUUAAACUCCGUGUUGAUAAAACUAAAGUAUCUGCAACUCUGAGAAAAAAGACAAGUGCCCAAGACAACCGAGCAAUUUCAAAGUCAGUAGGUUAUGUUUCUCUCGUAUUUAUGUGUAUAGUAUUUGGACUUAUGGUUCUGUCAGAUGUAACAAAGUUUGUGCAAUACGUACUAAAACAAAAUGAAGGUUUACAAGACAAUACUGUCGGCAUGAAAACGUUUGAGGUUGAUUCCGCCUUGUGAACACGCUUACCUGAGUUUUAACAGUUCUGUCCUUGCUUUGUUAAAAAUAUGACAAGGUUAAUUUUGUGAUAGAUAAUCGGAAAUGUGCAGUGACCGUUUGCAAAUAUAAAGGCAAUUUAUCAAAUUAAUGAAUAUAGAAUUAAGAAUCCACAUCCCCAUGUUUAAAAAUAUAUACAGUGAAUAUAUACUUAAUUAGAUAGAUAAAUGCCAAUUCUCAAAAGUGGAAGAAUGCAAAAUGUCCAUGAAUGUCUACUAUGCAGUCGCAAAUCGUAAAAUUUUAUAUAUAUUUCUAAAAAUGUAGAGUUGGUACGCACAUUUUAUAUAACUUGUUGACAUGGCAAUACUACUUGUCUUUGGUAUGAUAUAGUAUUUUAUUUUUUAAUUAUAUAGAAAUCACUUACUUUUUACCUUAAUAUUACCUGUAAACAAUUGUUUUAUAUAAUUAUAAUAUGUUAUAUCAAGAUUUCAAAAGACAAAGAUCAAUAUAAACAGUGCACGAAUGACACCAUGCCAACAUCAGAAAUGAGAUAUUUUUGGUUAUCUAAGAAGUUAUAUCUACUAUUCAUUACUGCACCUAGCCCUUUGUAGAUCAAUUAGUAAUAUAAGUUCUGUAUAAGUUUGGUUAAAAUAUAAUUAAUAAAAGGAAAAUGUUAUCUAAUUUACAUGUACAUUUGGCCAUAACACUGAAAAAGACGUGAUGGAAUCAGACCGGUUCAAAAAAUGAACCUUGAUAUACUGGCGAUACAUGAGCUGUGCAAGUAUGGUUGAAAUGCAAUAAAAAAACGCUGCUACUUUGUGGACACUACGUUAUUGUAAGACACAUGGCUAACAGACAAAGCUGAUCAUUGUGGUCAGUGUGAGUUAAAAAUUUAAUGGGAAAAAAAUAUAACCAAAGAAGAUCAUGGCAAAGAUGUAAAAUAUAAUAAAUACGAAACUUUUAACGUACAAAAUGUGUUCAGUAAAGAUAUUAUUAGUUUCGUUUGAUAUUAAUGCCUUAUUCUAAACCGUUCAUAACGAUACACGUAAAUAUUACGAAGUAGGUGUUAGAAAUGUUUGAUACAUGAAUGGGAUGACGAUUUUACAAUAAUAUUUCCGACAGAUCAGUUAGAGCAAUUUGUCAACAAGAACUUUCCUUCGUAACAAUUGAAGUGCUGCAAAAGUACAUUUCAACGACAUAAAGAUAUGCGAUAUGUAUUCAAAGCAAUGAGGAUAUACUAUCACAAUUGGGCAGCACGAUUAAGCGAUAAAAUUGCAACUAAUGCAAUCAAAUGCAGAUGGCAUAUUCAUUUCUAUUAUAUGCGUUACUUGGUAUAUAUAACACACCUUUGAGCUAUUAUUUCUGGCGAUGUGAUAAACUUACGGAAAUAGCUCUGUCAGUACAGCCAAUCAUGGUCUAUUUUAACAUCUUCCAUUAUUCAUUGCUAAUUGUUAAAAAGUUGGAACUGAACCUUUCCAAAUAAUAAAUUAAAGUAUAAAAACGGUGUCAAUUUUCUAUACAAUUGUAAUUGUAACUGUUCGUUAUAUGCACUUGAUUAGUUCUGGCUGUUUUAUUUAACUGUUUAUAUCCACAACCAUACACUUGAAAAUAUGUUAUUAUUUAGAUAUGUCAUGUGUAAUGUUUUUUUUACAAUUUCACGACAAACAAAGUUUUAAAUCACUGAUUUUAGAUAGAGAAAAGUAGUUUUAAAUGUGUUUUAUUGCACGCCUAAUCAUGAGCUACAACGCAAAUAAACUGAUUUGAUU